UUCGUUUGGUGACAACGGCCAAAGUGAAAUAAUAUAGCUAAAACAAUUUAAAAUAACGCAUAAUGAAUGAUAUAAACAGUUCAAUUCUUCACGCAAAAUUUCAAGAAAUUUUGCCCAAUCUUCCCAGUAACAUUACACCAGAAGUCCUUAAUAAGCUUUGCAAAGAUGAUUGUGUACAACCAUUUUUGAAGUGGUUUCACGCGAAUAUUAAAAUUGAUAAUGUCUUGUCUGAUGAUGACAUAAAAUUAAAAACACACAUAGAGCAGAAUGAUAGUUGGUUGCAAGGCAAUGAACUGGAUGCAAUGCUUGAAGAAGCAACGAGAGAUUGUCCAGAACUAUUAAAGUUGAUUGAAUCUGAUUAUUGGAGUGCCAAACAAUCAUUUGCAGAUCUUGCCUCUGAAAAAGAAUUAUACGAUGCAGAUGUAGAAUAUCUUCAAAAUCUUGAAGACAGUAUAAAAAAGCUAAAAGAACAAGAAGAUAAAAUAGAUUGCCAGAUUGAUGAAGAGGAUGAUGUUUUCAAAAAAGAAGAAGCAAAAAUCAAAGUAAUCUAUGAAAACUGCAUAUCCGUUUUAGAAGAUCUAGACAACAGUUAUCGACAGUUUUUUAAAGCUGUUGAACUUUUGUCAAGUUCGUAUAUAAAUGACAAUCAAAAGAAAGAAGAAUCUUGUCUAUGGACACAGAUGCCAAUUGAACUUUAUAUUAAACAGUUGGAAUCAUACAACGAUUAUUUAAGUUCUUAUGCAAAUAGACAGUUUUCUGCGCCAUUACAUGAUAGAGCUGAUGCAAUCGAUGAAAAUUAUGCAAGUUUCAUUAGUGAUAAUGGAGAAAAUGACAAAUUAAAAGAAUUAUUGACUUAUCAACAAAAUAUAUUUACAUCCAAAAUGCAUGAAAUAGUUGCUAAAUCCGAAGAUGAAGCAAAUAAAAAUCUAAUAAAAUAUGUAUCUGAUCUCUAUGGUGAUGGUUGUUUAAAAGUUCCAAGUACACCUGUGGUCGCGAGGUCAGAGAUUGCCGAAUUAACUAAAACAAGAGACUUUUUAGAAGAAAAUAUUUAUCAAUUACAGGAAUGCAAACUAGUUGAUACCGUUCAAAAAUUUUCAAGAGCGAGAAUCGUGAAAAUUUACAAAGAGGAAGCAGAAGCAAGGUUGGAAAAAAAGAGAAAUAGGUUUUUGAGAUUAGAGAGGCUUUGUACUUAUGCUACAGAACAUGGACAUGCAUUUUCAACUUUACUAUGUAUGCUGUUUGAAUUACAAAUUCACAGAAUCAACGAAAUUAUAAAUUUCGUCAUAGACGCUCGGCAUUAUUUGACCAUGGAAUAUUCAUUGUCAUCCAUGCGAAUCGAAAGUAUGCAAAAAUUACAAAACGAGUACACAUCCGCUUUAACUUCUCCUAAGGAUAAAAAUACGUUUUGCCGAUUGUUUACUGAGAUGACGACAAUCAUGGACUCACAGGACGAUUUACAGUCAUCUAUUCUAUAUUAUGAUGAGUUACGAAGCGAUAACAAUAGCAAACUAGAAAUUUUGUUAGAAAAAAAAUUGAAUGAAAUAAUUCAAAGUUCUGAAGUAUUAGAAAAAAAAGUGGUUGAUAUAUUUAAUGAAGAAAUCAUUAAAAGUUCAACACUCAGUUUUUCUACAAUACCGUGUGAAGUUCAAGAUAAAAUGGAUACAACUACAAAGCAAGUUCAGUUAAUAGAAACCAAUGUAGAAUCAAUCAAGAAUAAACUGAAAAAUAUGAUAAAAGAAACUAACAAGCCAAGUUUUGAGCGAGAAAAACUAAUGUUAUGGAAAAAGUUCUUAGCACACCCAGAAUCAUUAAAAACAAGAUGUGAAGAAUUGAAGGACAUUGAAGAACGUAUUAAAUUUUAAUUGACCAUUUAAAAAAUUUUUUGUACAAAAGUAAAUUAGUGCUGAUACGUGUUAAAAAUGCCCUGAAAAUUUUGGACAAGUUAGUGUAAGCUUCUUUGUCACGAAAUAUUUUUAAUGUUAAGUUGAGAGUGUGAUCGAAAAUUUAAAUUUUGCUUACACUAAUUACUCAGUAUCACGAUAUACCUCAUCGGUGUGUCACCGCUCGUGUGAUCUGACCAAGUACUUGGUAUUUAAAGUAGAUACCUUUCCAAGUGAAUAAAAUUAAAAUACAGAGUAUCUUUUGGAUAAUAAAAUAAAUACUUGAAAGUAAAAGCAUAAAUAAUGCAAUAAUUUGGUAGUUCGUUUAGUUGAUUAGAAAAAAAAAAUUUAUCUCUUUGUCUCUGUCUUGCAUGUGAUAGGCGGAGAUACUGACUACCGAAUAUGGUCCCGUGGCAACCUUAAA